AUGUCCAAUUUUGAGUUUAGGCAUCAAACAAGAAGUCAAUUACGAAAAAAAAUCAGGAUUGGUAAAGAAGUUUCUCAAUUAUCAUUUGUCAAACUAAAGAAUAUGGAAAGAGAACGUGGAUUGUUGAAAUGUUUACUAGUUGAAAGAACUUGUUCUUUGACCGAUACCUUACUUGAAAGUCUUGAGGAAGAAG